GACGACCUCGACGACCUCCUCCUCUCAUGCCGUUACGGCGACCUCGAUGAUGUCCGCGCCUUCAUAGACGCACACGGUCCCGCACCUCUCUCCACCGCCCGCGAUGCGUUAGGCAACUCCGUCAUCCACAUGUGCGCUGCCAACGGCCACCCUUCGACAGACAUCCUCACAUACCUCCUCCCCCUCCUCGAUGACCCCGCCACCCUCCUCUCCGCACCCAACGCCGCACAGAGCACACCCCUCCAUUGGGCCGCACUCAACCGCCAGCUCCCCGCCGCCCGCGCCCUCGUCGAGUGUCCGCGCGGGCCCGGCGCGAUCCUCAUCGACGCCAAGAACGCCGCGGGCCGCACGCCACUCGGCGAGGCCGAGCUUGCUGGGUGGGACGAGGGCGCGCAGUGGUUUGUCGAAGUCAUGUCGCUGGACGAGCACGGUGUUGGCGAGGAAGCCGGCGCGGAGGAUGUGCCAGAAUCG